GCCCUAAAAUUAAAUGUGAAUGACUUGAGUCCUCUAUCGCUCUCUCUCUCUCUCUCUCUCUCUCUCUCUCUCUCUCUCUCUCUCUCUCUCUCUCUCACACACACACACACACACACACACACACUUGCCUUUUGAAGCGAGGGUGUUAUUCCCCUAAAUUUUAUUUAAGAUCUAUCCUAAAAUUGUACGAUUUCAUCCCUAACAUGAUAAAAUUUAUCAAAACUAGAUUUUUCAGCUUUGCUUUUGAUACCCUAGAUCGAAAAUUGCAAACCAGCGAAUCUCAACCAGACGAGGAUUCCCAGAGAUUCUACAUCAUGAAUCAUGUAGAAAAUAUUUCAAAGAUGUGGACAAAGAAGGAUGGACAAGGUCAAAGGAAGAAACUAAAGUGGUGCUUAAAAUCGACUCAUGGAACAAUAUGCAGAUAGAGGGCAAGCAUGUAAAUCAACAAAACCAAUUAUGACAAUAGAUAAACGUCAAUGCUCCUUGACAAGAGUUAAAGCCACUGAGUCAGGUCUCACCUCAGCACUCUCAACAGUAUAUAUGGUUUCUCAACGGCCAAUGUGGUGGCAAAGCCACGUAACGGCAGAGUGCCAGAGCGAAGUGAUGGAUUUGAAGCUAAGGGCUGAAUGAAAUUUGAUAAUUUGGGCGGAAUCCGGGCUUGGCUAGCUGGCCUUGCAAGCCUCUGCAUGCUCUCCAUUUUGCUGCAAAGCCCUAAAUCUCUCACUCCUAUAUAUAGAAGGUCAUUUGGUGGGGCAGUGUAAGCAGGUCUUUGUUAUGUGAGCUCAGUCUUCAAGGGGUUUCAGAUGGUGUGAGCUUGAGCGAAAUUCAGGGGUUUUAGCUCCAUGGCAAUGGAUUCAUCUCGGGAACAGCUCCAGAAAGAGCUCGUGAAUGUGGGGAAUAGCCUCCUGGGUUCUCCAGCUGCUGUUGGGGAUGUUCUUAUUCUGCUUGAUAAAGCAGAAAUUAUUUUAUCGAGGGUGGAGCAAUCACCCGAUAAAUCGAUGGUAGACUCAUUUGCUCCUUUGCUGGAGGCCCUUACUUCCGAUGGACUUCUGAAACAUUCAAGUAUGGAUGUCAAAGUUUCUGCCAUCUCUUGCUUAUCAGAGAUUACAAGAAUAACUGCACCAACUAAUCCUUUUGAUGACGAAAUAAUGAAGACAAUUUUUCAGCUGAUGGUAGCUGCAUUUGAGAAAUUGUCUCAUGUAUCUGGCCGCUGUUACUCCAAAGCAGUUUCAAUUCUCCAAAGUAUGGCAACAGUUAGGUCAUGCUUGGUGAUGCUGGACCUCGAAUGUGAUGCACUGGUUGUUGAGAUGUUCCACAUAUUUUUAAGAGUCAUUCGGUCCAAUCACCCACAUGCUGUGUUUUCAUCCAUGGUGGCAAUCAUGAGUCUUGUCCUAGAGGAAAGUGAAGAAAUAUCAAUGGAGCUUCUGAGCCCCAUUCUAGCUAGUGUAAGGAAGGAGAAUCAGAAUGUUUCACCUGCUUCUUGCAAACUAGGGGAGAAAGUUAUCGAAAACUGUGCUGAUACUCUUAAACCCUAUCUCAUUAUGGCAAUGCAAUCUACUAGUGUCACUAUCAGCGAUUAUUCCCCAAUUGUCGUUUCGAUAUGCCAAAAUCAAUUGGAGAUUCAAAAGCGCAAUGUUAGUGGUUCUGGAGAACAUUUGGUAGACAAGAACAAUUUAGCAGAAAUUCUGGAUACAGAUGAGCAAACACUGGCGGUGAAAGGAUUUCUGCAGGGUGAUGUUUGCUUGGAAGAGGUUGGCCCUGCUGCUGGAUCCAAGAAUGAUGAUAAAAGCCCUUCAAAGACAUUAGUGCCUUGUCAGACCAAGAAGUCCAGAGGUAUUGAUGUGGGCUCUGAUUAUAAACCUGAGAAAUUGGGAUCGAUGAAGGCAGAGAAAGUAACCCCACAGGUGGAAACAGUCCCAAAGAAGAGGGGCCGCAAACCCAACUCUCUUAUGAAUCCUGAUGAAGGAUAUGAUCAUUCAUGGAUUAGCGGAGGAAGAUCACUUCAAAAGCCUCAGAGGAGAAAACGUCGUAACAAGGAAUUUGGUAGUUCACCUUCUGAAGAUUCAGGUUCCAAAUGUGCAAAUUUGCCACUGGAGCAUGAAAAUGAUACUGACUUACAAGCUUUCUCACCUAAGACAGAACAAAGUGAGAUUAUAAACUCUCACACUGGCAGAAACCAUCCCAAAACAGGCUUACAGAAAAAGAAAAGGAGCACUGUGAAUCAAGAAACCAAUCCAGACUCAUUAUCAAUCCCAAAAGGAAAUUCAUUUGCUUUACUUGAGAAGAAAAAUAUAAAACCUGCAGUUGUCGGUUUGAAGAACUGUGAGGGAAAAAGUAUUAGGAAAGCAAAAUCAGGAAGGCACCCAAGAAUAAUUGCACCUGCUGUAAACCGUGAAGGGAAUGCUGCACAAGCUAAAGUUGAUUUGGUCAGGAAGAAUGAAUCUGGUGUCUCCACUGGCUCCGAGGGAAAGCUGGCGGUGCAAUCAGUAGAAAAACUACAUCCUAAGAGCAAAAGUGAGGAAGUGUCAUUGGGGAAAGAAAAAAGUAUUAGGAAAGCAAAAUCAGGAAGGCACCCGAGAAUAAUUGCACCUGCUGUAAACCCUGAAGGGAAUGCUACACGAACUCAAGUUGAUUUGGUCAUGAAGAAUGAAUCUGGUGUCUCCACUGGCUCCGAGGGAAAGCUGGUGGUGCAAUCAGUAGAAAAACUACGUCCUAAGAACAAAAGUGAGGAAGUGUCAUUGGGGAACAUGGAUAGUAAGAAAAGUAGGAGACAGGUUAAGUCUAGCUUUGAGGAGGAUGUUACUGAAGGUUCUGGUGACAAGAAACUGGUUUCAGAAUCUGCAACCAAACCAUCAAAUAAAGAUGGAAGUCAUUCGGAUGGAACCCCUAAGAGAAAAGCUAAGAGGAGGCGUACUCUCAAGAAGGAAGAGUCAUACGUGAGUGGAAGUGUUGGACAGCGUGAUAUGUUUGGCCACCAGGAUUUUGGAAUGCCAAAUGACAUCAAAGAUCCUGAUGAAAACUUGAUCGGUUGCAGGAUAAAGGUUUGGUGGCCAAUGGACCAAAGGUUUUAUGAAGGUGUUGUUUACUCUUUUGACCAUACAACUAGGAAGCACCAGGUUUUAUAUGCGGAUGGCGAUGAGGAAAUAUUGAACCUUAAAAAGGAGCACUGGCGACUGAUUGCAAAAAAUACUGCAUCAAAUGGACAGGACCAUGAAACUGGCUUUCCAAGUUUUGAUGUUACAUCUGAUGUGUUGCAGAAGAAAGCAGAACCAAGGUCGGAAUACGCAACCAAGCUACCAAUGGCUGAAUCCACCGCCAAGAGGGUCUCAAGGAGAGCAGCUCCAGCCAACAAAUCCAAAAAAGAUCAAUUGAAUUCUGCUGCUAAGUCUGCUAGUGGGUCUGCAGUCGAUCAUCUGUUGAUAAAUCUAGAGCUGGGAGACGAGUGAAAAUCUGAAUAAUGAUGGUAAAAAUUCAUUUGCCAUUGCGGCAUAUGUGCUGCAAGCUUUUUGAUAAACUGGCAUCCUUUUUGCUUGCAUGCGUGUUUUAAGUGUGCAGAAUGGACUGCAGUCUCUCUUUCUGUCGUGAUAUUUUCCAGUGCCUCAGACUCUGGAUGCUUAUGUAUCGCCCAUUUUAAUUCUGUAGUUGCCUUCUGUUUUUCUUCUGUUUCUCCAUCGUUGCAUGUUGAUGCUGUGAAUGUUUACUGAACUACUGGAGAAGGUUGUUUCAGUGAUAUGGGCAAACCCUUUUCUGGCA